CCCCUCCUUCAGCACCACCUUUUUUCCUCUCAUGCAAUACCAAAACUGACCCUGCCUGGCAGAGGGACUCUGCUAGGCGAACAGAGCGGUGCCCACGUCGCCUGCACACCGCGGGAGCCGCCUCUCCCCUUCCAGCCGCCGCAGCCCCUCCGGGGCAUCGCUGCUGCAAGUUCCCCGGAGGAAGGCGCCGGGGCCGGGGUAUCUCCUCCGGGCGCCGGGGAGCGGUCGCUGCCCACGGGCUGUCCCUUUGCCCCGGCCCGGCCGGGGCCGUGAGGCAACGACGAGGGACAGCGGUCCCCGGAGGGCAUUUCCCGGAGGCAGCGGGGCCGGGACCUGGCAGGAAAUGGAAGGAUGAAGUGUGCAGCCGGAGCGGUGAUGUUCCUUCUCUCCUUGCUUUCCCCCGCAGGAACGUAAUCCGCAAUGCUAGUUCUCAGGUUGCUCAAUGUUGUGGCUCCAGCCUACUUCUUGUGCAUCUCCCUAGUGACCUUCGUCCUCCAGAUCUUUCUCUUCAUUCCCAGCAUGUUCAGAGACCCUUCCACCACCCCACUUUUCUCUCCUGCUCUGCUGCAUGGGGCACUCUUCCUCUUCCUCUCAGCUAAUGCCCUGGGCAACUACGUCCUUGUGAUUCAGAGCUCCCCCGAGGACUUGGGCAAGGACUUAAACUUGGGCAAAGGAGGUGAAGUGGCGGACUGGCUGGAUGGAAGCAGGUCCCCUGGCUCAGCCUUGCCCAGCACUCACUUCUGUAGACUGUGUGCCAGAGUCACCCAGAGGCAUGACCACCACUGUUUCUUCACAGGGAACUGCAUCGGGAGCAGGAACAUGCGAAACUUCAUCAUGUUCUGCCUCUACACCUCCCUGGCUUGCCUUGACUCCCUAGUGGCAGGCAUGGCUUACAUUUCUGCUACACUCUCCAUGUCCUUUGUGGACCCACUGGCCUUCCUCACUCUUCUGCCUCACUCCAUCAGCCAGUUCUUCUCAGGAGCUCUCCUUAGCUCUGAGAUGUUUGUCAUCCUCAUGCUCUACCUCUGGCUUGGGAUCGGACUGGCCUGCGCUGGCUUCUGCUGCCACCAGAUGCUGCUGAUCCUGCGUGGGCAGACUCGGUACCAGGUGCGGAAAGGGAUGGUGGUAAGAGCCCGGCCCUGGAGGGAGAACCUGCAAGAGGUCUUUGGCAAGAGGUGGCUGCUAGGACUUCUCAUCCCUGUGCUGAAUGUGGAAAGUGACUACCGUAGGCAGAAAGAGAAAUAAAAUCCUCAUGUGUGUGUGUGCAUCCCAUGCACACAACACCUCCCCUGUUCUCUCUCACACCUCCUGGAUCACUAAAGAGCUGGGCUACUCCAUUUCUUGGUAUUGCAGCCACUGUGGGAGGAAAGGAUGGGCUAUCAAACAGAAUAAAUUUAGCAUAUUAACAUGGAGAUCACAAACCAUGUAGAUGAGAUACUGCAGCUUAGUAGUCACAUCACUGCACCUGCAUAUGUGGCAACAGUCUUUGAACUAGUAGAAAAAUUAGUCAGACCUUCUCGUGGCUCCCUACCUGACUCCUCCAGUCCCCAGCCCCAUUAGUCAUCCUAACAAACCACAGCAGGAGCUUUCAGAGAGGCUGUACUGUUGUGAUAGACUGCAAAAAUGGUGUCUAUUCCUUGGCAGGGUUUUGCAGGGUGCUGACUUGAGGCAGGGUUACAUACUUGAGGUAACUUCAUGUGACAGCAUUCUUCAAUGAGUAUUGUUCAAGAAGUGUUUGGACAAUGAUCUCAGGCACAUGAUAGGAUUCUUGGAGUUGUCCUGUGCAGAGCCGAGAGUUGGACUCCAGUGAUCCUUGUGGGUCCCUUCCAACUCAGGAUAUGAUUCUAUGAUUCACAACUCUGAGAUACCCUUAAUGACAGAACUACAGUGCAAUCAAGCUGCCCUAGGAGCAUGCUAUGCACAAGGCAAAUGCGGCAGGUAAACCUUCUCUCCACAGCCUAGAAGAUCAGGAGGAAGACAAAGAGAAAUUGAGAAUUUCUCAUUUCUGUUCUUGAUCUGCUCUCUAUGCAAUGAUAUGUCAAGACUGUGGCUCUGCUGCUUAUUUUUAGUAGUCUUUUGUCCAAUGACAGAGUCCAGGCAAAGCUGCCCUUCUGACAGGAGCAGCAAGCAGAUAAAUCCUGAUCAGAUGGAGGCAUAAGGAGAGGAAACUGCAAGGUGAAUGAAAAUGUUGUGUUUGAGAAGCUGUGUGAGGAGGCAGGUGAUGCAUGCCUGUGAGAGAGAAAGAGGGAAGUGUGGACACACAGUGAGCAGUUGGGAGGGUGCCAAGAGCCUUGCUGCUGCGUAAGAGCCCUGAUGCAUCACCCUCUCACAGGGGACACCUGCACCAUUAGUACUGUGAAGAGUUCAAAAUCCCAGAAGACAGGAAGGGUUUCCAGCCCAUCAUGACACUUCAUUUUGCACUAAAACAAACAGAAAAAUGGUUAUCUCAGACAUUCCUGCCACACUGUAGUUACAGGCUGUCCAGGGCAAUUCCCUCUCGCUUUGCUGCAGGGGGGUAAAUUCAUCCAUGUCGUAACUCCAUUAAGGAGGUUAACAGAAUUACUACAGGGAUUAAUCCACUUAAUGUGUCAGUUGUUUUUUAGCUGCAGCAACAGUCCAUGAGAUCAGUGCUGAGACCCUAUGCUAACAGGUGCCUUAAGAAAGGAUACCACGAUGUCUCUACUAGGAUCAUAGCACUGGAUUCCCCAGCAGCUGCCACAAGAAGCCUCUGUUUUGGCAAACUGCAUCACCGUCUGUGGGCUGGAUGGGAAUCCAUUGCUUCUCUUUAAUAGGGUGGGGAGUAUGCUGACAAGCUGUGAAAAAUGUUAUUUCUUCCUCAGAAAUGCUUGCAGUGCAUCCCAGGUAGGGGAAUGCAUCUUGCUUUCAUCCUUGCAUUUCUCACAAGCCAGAACAGUGGCACUCAUUCCUACAGGCUUUGUAAGUGUCUUUUACCACUUCACACUCGAAUACACACAUCUGAAUCAAUAAGAAACAAAGUCUAUUGUGAUGAGCAAAGUAACCUUGAAAAUACAGUGGAAAAUACCUUAGCUGGAUAAUUAAAACAUGUAGGAUCUACGUCCUUCCAUGCUGUGUGUGUUCGCAUGAACGCACCACUGUUUCCAUGUGUAACAUGCUGUAUAUUCACUAACAGUGAACAAUAAAAAGUGUUCUGAUUUUUUA